UACUAUCACACAGAGAGGAGAACCUCUCUAUACGCGCUGCCGGUUUCACGCCGUGGUACGCGCUUUUGGGGGGAGCGCGCACAUGUAUCCGGGGCUCGGGCAUCAGUGCGGAGUCUCAGUGCCGAGAAGGAAGAGGGACUCAUAAGUUAUCAGAGUAGCUUCAACCAAGAGGCUCCACCGAGCAGCUGCUCGGUCGGACGGACGCGUUAAAGGGAAGCGUAAAGAGAAAGGAUGCGGUUCCGAGCAGAGCAGGGAGCUGCAGCUUCACCUCACCAGCGCAAAGGCGGGAUCCUGUCGUAACUUUUAAUGUGCUGAAGUUCAUCUCACCUGUCUGUUGCUCCCGCUCCUGUCCGGUUUUGGCAACGCGCUUCCCGCCCGCCAUGGCCGGUUGGUCGCUCCACGAUGCGCUCUUCCUGUGCGCAUUCCUCCAGCUGUUCUCCCUCCCCGGCGGACAGGUGCCGAACUGCCAGGAGGUGCGCACCGUGUUCCAGUCCCUGCACCCCGGAUCCAAGUGGGUCCCCGAAACCCCGGUGUCAGGUGCGGAUCUGCAGGUUUGCCAAACCAAAGGCCCGACCUGCUGUUCCAAGAAGAUGGAGGAACGGUAUCAGGUAGCCGCACGCAGCAACAUGGAGUCUGGCCUGCAGGUUGUCAGCGCACAGCUCAAACGCCUCAUCAUCCAGAAUGCUGCCAUAUUCCAAGAGGCCUUCGACCUGGUGCUGCGUCACGGCCGUAACUCCACCCUGGCCACGCUGAAGUCUGAGUUUCCAGGCCUCGGAGGCGGUGCUCAGAGCUCCGUGGGGCAGCUCUUCCUGGAUAUGUCGCUCUACAUCCUCGGCUCGGACUCCACGGUGGACCACAUGGUGACGGUGCUCUUUGGUCGCCUCUUCCCCCUCACGUACCGCCGCCUGCUGGGGGGUAGUGGCUCAUCUGUGUCUGAGGAAUGUGUCAGAGGAGCCUGGAAGGACUCAGGAGCGUUUGGACCUUAUCCUAAACUCAUGAUGACACGUCUGUCCCGCUCCCUGCUAGCUACGAGAGUCUUCCUUCAGGCGCUGAACCUGGGCAUCGAGGUCGUCAACACCACGGACCACCUGCGGCCCGGUCGGGACUGCAGCCGGGCCCUGCUCAGGCUCUGGUACUGCCCUCACUGCCAGGGCAUGCUGGGACCGCCCGCCUGCAGGGGCUUCUGCCAGGCGGUGAUGCACGGCUGCCUGGGGGGGGCGGCAGAGGUGCAGCCUCACUGGAGGAGCUACAUCGACGGACUGGGGAAGCUGGCAGGAGCCAUGAGGGGAGAGCAGGACAUGGAGGCCGUGGUUCUCAGCAUGCCCUCAAUGAUUAGACUGGCUCUGAAGCACGCAGUGAACGCCCGCAGCCGCCUUAACACCCUGGUGAGCGGGAUGUGUGGACAGUCUCCUCAGCGGGCCUCUCGCUCAGUCGGGUCGCCUCCUCCUCAGCCUCCAGCCUCCUCUGCGGUCCGCGGAGCUCAGCCCUCAUCCUCGGACUCUGAUGAGACUCUGGCCGGUCUCCGCAGGGAGUUCAUAACCAACCUGAGAGGCUUCAGCUCCUUCUACAGCGGUCUUGGGGACGCGUUGUGCAGUCGAGAGCCCACUCCAGCAAACCACUCCCUCUGCUGGAACGGGCAGGAGAUGACAGACAGGUUUCCGGGUCCUGGCCUGAAGCGGCUGCACACCGGCUCAGAGUCGAGGAGCAACAAGCCUCCUGAGCCGAUCAUCAGCCAGAUCAUAGACAAACUCAAACACAUCAACCAGUUGCUGCGGAUUGUGACGGUGUCUGAGAAGCGCUGGAGAGCCCGGUCGCGUGGAGCCGGAGUGGACGGCUGGAACGACGAGGGCGAAGAGGGGUUCGAGAGCGGAGACUGCGACGACGAGGACGAGUGCACCGGCGUGUCGGGGCUGGGGCCGCCGCCGAGACGCAAACGAUUACGCAUUUUCGCAGACCUUUCUGAUAAUCUGGCGAUGGACGACUUCACCUUCCAGGAGCAGCUGUUAACCCCUCGGUUGGCCACAGCCGGAGUCGGCGGUGUGUCCUCACCUGCGGCUCCGUUGUGGAGGAGCUCCCUGGAUCCAACCCUCCCUUUGGCGCUCGCUCUGCUCCUGCUUUGCCACCACUGACCCGUGAAUCUCCGUCACCUCUUUCCUCUGCAAAUUCAGACUGUGUGGAAUGUGAUAAACCUUUCUGGCUCAGCAAAGGAAGCAUGAACAACAGGAAAAUGCUACAUUUCUCUGUAAGAGCCUGUCUUGUUUUAUUCAAAAUGAGUGGAUGUUCUGAAACAAACAUAAUAAAGCACACUAGAUAGACCCCUGGAAUUAUGUAAAUACAAACUUGCCCACUAAUUCAACUUUUGAGCCCUCUUGCCUCAGCUCCUCUCGUGCUGACUUCUUGUGUUUAGUAACAAACCGAUGGAGACGCUGUUCUUUAUGGACCAGUAACACACAACAGACUGUUUUUUAAAAACUCUGUCUGUGCUGAGUUAUUGCCCUUCAGCAACAAGCAGAAGGAAGGAGAAGUCAGCUGCUGCCAUUUUCCUUCAUGGCAGUGAAUGAUCUCCUGCCAGGUCUGGACUUUCAGCAGGUUUACUGAACUCAUCCCUGAAGGCUGAAGGCUGUUCCUCAAAACGCUCUGCUACUACCUUAAUCUCCCGUCUGUCUCACUCUCUGGUUAGUAAUAUCCUAGUGAUAGCUAAAUUAUUUCAGACUACACUCCCACCAUCACUGUUUGCUUUAUUUUGUAAAGCUGGUGCAUUUUUUUUAAAAAAAACACUAACAGCCCUCCAAUAAUAAUAAAAGAAAACAUUCAAGGGCUACCGUCAUAAAAUCUCCAAAUGAGCCCGAAACUGUACAAAUGUAUGUUCCUCUGUGUUGGUGCCAUGUUUACAAAAAUAUGAUUGUUUGCAGCAUUGGUUUGUGGACUGAAUUUUUGGCUGGACUGUGAAGCAUUGCUGCAGAUUUUGAGCUUAUUCCUUAGCACUGUGCAUAAAGCGAGCAGUAAUAUGAGAUAUAAAUAUGUAUAAAACUACGUGAAAAUUCAUUUUGUUGUGUUGCGGUGAGAUCACACAUAUGCAAUGUCACUGGUUUUUCUGUGUUUUUGGUUUAAAACAAGAAGUCACAUGUUUUUUUUUAUUGUUUAUUUAAAUUUGUUUGGUUUUCAAAAUGAAGUACGGUGAAAAAUGGAGUCCAGCUCCACUUGUUGUUUAUACUGGAGGCCGUGUGAUGGAUGUGUGGAAAGACACUAAUUAAAAGCUGAAAGUGCUGCAGCCACCCAGCAGACUCCACAGCUGGGAGUGUUGACCGUGCUCACAGCCGACUCUUUGACUUGUCGUUUCAGGAGAGGCACAGGUGUGACGAAGAACAGCAGUGAGGCCUCUGUUCCAUAAAGGUGCACCUGAGUCAUGUCCGAGGUGCAGCAUGCAGAGCGCCGGGUUGCUGCUGAAUAGUAUUUUUUGCUCAGGAAGGUUUCUAAUCGAGUGAAAUGACCCAGAAGUAUCUAAGUGGCAGCCUCGAUAAGCGCUAGUCGAAUCCUCUUACCAAGUCACAAUCUCUACACUCUCAGACUUUCAAACUGUCAACUGCAAGUGGACAUUUUGAUACUAUUUUGCACCAUUUCUGCAGAUUUUUCCUGAGGAACCUGCCAAUAGUUCAAAGUGAAAUUGGUCACAUCUAAACAUAGUUGUUCUUCCUCACACAAAAUGUACACAAAGUAUGGAUGGUGGAGGGAAGAAAUCUGCUUAGAGGUUUAUCUGUAGGUAACAGCAUCUGUUGUGCUUAUUUAUUACACGUUUGGUGUUUGUAUUUUCAGUCGAAUCUCUUCAUAGGAUUUACAGAUGGCUUUCCUGGCUUUUGGUAGUUUGUAAAAUGUAUAAAGACUCUACUGUCACUAACAAGGAGAAAUGAGCUGGGUAGUUUAGCAAAUUGUAAAUGGAACACAAGUCCAAAUGUUAAUGGUCAGGUGUUGUUUCCAAACAGCCUGUGCUGUCACAUUUAAACAUCUUAUUCCUCCUUUUUUUUUUUUUUUACAAUUUUAGUCUCACAACUCACACAUUCAAACACUACAGCUGUGAUAUCAGUUAAGGCUGGACUCACACCAGAGGAGUUUCAGGUUUAUUUACCUCCUUUUCACUCGUCCUGACAUUUAGAAGAGAAAUCUGGUCUGUAGUCUUCAUCUGAACCGAUGUUUGGCCCAGAUUAUCUGUUAAUAUGGGAUGUUUAUAGAUCCGGUGUUUAAACUGUUGAACUUCUCACAGACUUACCUGAGCCUCCCCGAUAACAUUUUAUUUCAUUUAUGUGGUAAAAUGGGGAUGGUUGUGAUUGUCACAGUAGCACCUGGAGCAGAGACGUCGUUGCCAAGCAAAGCUAGACAUUCUCGCCCUUGAGGCUAAUAUUAGCUGCGGAUUUUAAAACUGACCUUAGUUCUGUCUGAAGAACUAACAAAUCAUGCUGACCACAUCUUCCCAAGUAGUUUCUCAUCAGUUUGUUUGGCUUUUUCUUCUCAUUGCAAAGCAUUAGUAAUGUCCCUAAGAGUAUCAGUGAAAAGCAAUUGGACUUUUCUUUUUGGUCCUUUAAAACAUUUCACCUCAGAUCCAGGAGUCUUCUUUAGUUUUACUAUUAGCGUUACAGCAAGUUGUUGCACCAAACUCUCCAUUUUGUUUCCAUCUGUUUCCCCAUAAGAUGAGUUGGUGCACUGCUCCCUGAUUGACGAAUCACGUGCAACCCCUAAACAAGAUAAAGGCCUAAUAAAGGUGACCAGUUACGCCUGUGUUUGACAGGAUGGAAAUCUGCUCUGCUGCUGUGUUUGGGCUAGUGUCAGAUCUGAGAUUGGAGGAUAAGAAUGCACAGUGUUUGUUUGUUACAAUGUAAAAUAAACAUGUUUUACUGUUUUGUGUU